ACCGCGGCGCCGGUGGCAGGAGGAGCGGCUGCUAUCAUGUCGCAGGAAGCAGAGGAGCCUGCGGCUGUGCAGUGCCCUGUUCGGGCCGCGCUCGACCAUUUGUGUCAGGAGCUCAAUCUGGACGUUGGCAGCGCUUCGGAAGCCCUUCGGGAUUUCAUGGCCCUGCGGGGCACCUACAGCCUUGAGGGAGACAUUGUACAUUGGUUGGCUUGUGCUCUAUAUGUUGCUUGCCGUAAAAGUAUAGUGCCCACUGUAGGAAGUAGUUUGGUGAAAGGAAAUUGUGUCUCACUGACCAGAAUUCUACGUUCAGCGAAGUUAAGCUUAAUUCAGUUUUUUAGUAAAAUGAAAAAGUGGAUGGACAUGUCAAACCUGUGUCAAGAAUUUCGAGAGAGAGUGGAGAAGUUGGAGAGAAACUUUGAAGUGUCCACAGUAAUAUUCAAGAAGUAUACCCCAAUCUUUUUAGAUAUAUUUAAAAAUCCUUGUGAAGAACAACCUAAGUUUCAAAGAAGCAGGAAACAUAGACGGGUACCCUGUAAUGUUAAAGAUCUAUUCAACUUCUGCUGGACUCUAUUUGUCUACACAAAGGGUAAUUUCAGUAUGAUCGGUGGUGAUCUAGUGAACUCAUAUCAUUUACUUUUAUGCUGCUUGGAUAUGAUUUUUGCAAAUGCACUUUUGUGUCCGUAUAAAAGAGAUUUACUAAAUCCUUCUUUCAAAGGUUUGCCAGAAGACUUCCAUACAACUGACUUCAGAGCUUCUGAAAGGCCACCAUGCAUUAUUGCCACGCUGUGUGAAUUACAUGAUGGACUUUUGGUAGAUGCCAAAGGCAUAAAAGAACAUUACUUUAAACCAUAUAUUUCAAAGCUCUAUGAUAGGAAGAUUUUAAAAGGAGAUUGUCUUUUGGAUCUUAGUAACUUUGUAGACAACAACAAAGCCCUGAAUAAGGAAUAUGAAGAAUAUGUUCUCACAAAAGGUGAUUUUGAUGAAAGGGUUUUCUUGGGGGCAGAUGCAGAAGAAGAAAUUGGAACACCUCAAAAAUGUUGUGCAGCUUUACCAUCUGGGAAUGUAAGAGCUCAUGUUGAAUGUCAUCUUCACCAGCAUUUUGAGAAAAGGUCCUUUGCACCAUCAACCCCUUUAACUGGUAGGAGUUACCUGAAAGAGAAGGAAUCAGCAAUUACUCCAGUUGCUUCAGCAACACAGAGUGUGAGCCGAUUACAAAGUAUUGUAGCAGGGUUGAAAAAUGCACCAAGUGAACAGCUUGUAGCUAUUUUUGAAUCAUGUAUACGGAAUCCUUUGGAAAAUAUCCUGAAAGGAGUGAAAAAGAUAGGUGAAAUUUUCUGUCAGAACUAUACUCUGUCAACCAGUGAUCAACCAGUAUGCCACAUAGAUUUUGCUCUUCACCGAUUAAAAUUGGCAGAAAUUUUGUAUUAUAAAAGCUUGGAGACUAUAAUGAUACAAGAAAAACGAAGGCUGCCUGGCAAAGACAUGUCUACCAUUUUAGAGCAAGAUAUUUUUCAUUCCUCCUUGUUUGCAUGUUGUUUUGAAAUAGUGCUGUUUGCAUAUCGUUCACCAAGAACUUUUCCCUGGAUCAUUGAUGUUCUUAAUGUCAGGCCAUUCUAUUUCUAUAAGGUGAUUGAAGUGUUGAUUCGUUCGGAAGAAGGACUCUCAAGAGAUAUGGUAAAACACCUCAACAGCAUUGAGGAACAGAUACUUGAAAGCCUAGCCUGGAGAGAAGACUCUGUACUUUGGGAUGCCCUUCAAGCCUCAGAAGAUGAGGUUCCUAGCUGUGAAGAAGUAAUAUUUCCAUGUAAUUUUGAAACAGGAAAUGCAGGAAGAGGACUAGGAUAUCUUCCCAUGAUGCCAGCCUCUCCUAUAAUGCACCCCAGAGUAAAAGAAGUUCGGACAAAUCUUGAGGGCAAUUUUAGACGAGAUUUGCAGUUAUUGUCUCCAAUCUCUGUUUAUGACCGUUACAAUUCUCCUAUGGCAGGAAGUGCUAAAAGAAGGCUUUUUGGAGAUGAAAGCCCCCCCACAAAAUCUGUAGAAAAAAAACAUGCUGAAGGAUUGAGACUGAAAACAAACGAGCAUAUGUCUGUUUCACCUAAUGAGGUCGUUCAAAAUAUGGCACAUACCACAGUAACAAGACAGAAAGUAACAAUCCCAUUACAUGGUAACACAAAUGAGACAGGAAGGAUUACAUUGAUACCUACUGCAGUCAACUUAUCUGAAGACUCUAAAGUGGACAGCUACGGACAAGUCCCCCUCAGUGCUAAUGCUUUAAUGACUGUUUCUCCAAGUGAGCCUCCUCCGAGUGAACCUUUUCAUUCAGCAGGAAACAAGCCAAAGAAAACUGGAUCUCUAGCACUUUUUUUCAGAAAGGUAUACAAUUUGGCAAGUGUUCGAUUGCGUGAUCUCUGCUCAAAAUUGGAUGUUUCCAAUGAUUUACGAGGGAAGAUAUGGACUUGUUUUGAAUUCAGUUUAGUUCAUUGUACAGAUUUAAUGAAAGAUAGACACUUGGAUCAGCUCCUCCUCUGUGCUUUUUAUAUCAUGGCAAAGGUGUCCAAAGAAGAAAGAACUUUUCAGGACAUAAUGAAAAGUUACAGAAAUCAACCACAAGCUAACAGCUAUAUAUAUAGAAGUGUCUUAUUGAAAAAAGUACCAGCUGAUGUAAUAGAUGUAAAACAUGAGGAUACAUCAAAUGAAGGUGUCUGCAGGAAGAUAAACAAUUCUAGAGAUUUGGAAAAAGAAGAGAGAGGGGAUCUUGUAAAGUUUUACAACACUAUUUAUGUAAAAAGAGUGAUAAACUUUGCAUUGAAAUAUGAUGCUUCCAACCAUGAUUAUGUGGUGGAAGCACCUCCGCUUUCUCCCUUCCCCAGCAUUAAACAGCUACCAGUGUCUCCUCGGCGAAUUUCUCAGCAACAUUCCCUUUAUGUUUCACCACAUAAGAAUGGUACUUGCCUGACACCUAAGAGUGCGCUGUUAUAUAAAUUUAAUGGGAGCCCUUCUAAGAGUUUGAAGGAAAUUAACAAUAUGAUUAAACAAGAAGGACAGAGACCUAAGAAGAGAGCAAUAUCAAUUGAUAGUGACACAGAAUCACCAGCUAAGAGGCUUUGCCAGGAGAAUGAUGAUGUUUUGCUUAAACGUCUUCAAGAUGUUGUCAGUGAAAGAGCAAACCAUUAAGUCAGCAAAGAUGCUGUGAGCACCAAAGCUUCCUUGUGACUCAACUCUGUCCUUCCUAAAGUUUUUACUUUUUGUAGCUAGAUGGAUUACCAAUCACUGUAUUAGAAUUUUAUGAUGCUCCAUUUAUAGAAACAAAUUUUAUAGCAGUUAUGAAUUUUGAUUGUGUAGUCUAUGAAUAUUUAUGACAUUAUUUUGAAGGUUUUGAUCAGAUCUAUAUUAAUGCAUUUUAAUAUAACAAAUGUUAUUGGAAUUAUUAUGUGAAAGUAGGAGCUUAUGAGGAAAUCUUGAUUUUAAGAUUCCUUUCCCAACAUAAUUACAAUGUCAGUUAUUUUCUGGCAUGGUUAUUUGGGUUUAUGGUUCACUUCAAAAUAUUUUUUGGUUUUUAUUCUUUAAAAGAAUAUUAGGAUCUAUGCAUUAUUCUAAUAUAAAAUAAUAUAGUAAAAUCAUUAAUAUAGUAAAAUCAGGUGGUAUAGUUUACAGUGGAGAGAUGUCCCCUGUUUGAAUGGUUGGAUCAAUCCUUUGAAUAAGCUGUUCUGUAAAGCACUGAACUCUUAGCUCCUAGUAGAAUGGCAAGCUUUGUGCAGGAUGAACUGGAGUAGGAUUUGGGGUGAUUAAUUUUAGUCUUGCUACUAGGAUAGUUGUGUGAAAAUUGUUUGUGGUCUUUCAUCAUAACCUAUAUUGGUUUACUUUAUUCCAAGUUAGUUUCCUGAAGAGAUAGUGAGCCCUCUAAUAAAUAAAUGGAUGCACUCCUUGUAUAUUAAUAGAGCUUAAGAGGGCUACUUCUGCACUAUAGAUGCCUAUGCACUGUAUAAUAUCUGUAACAAGCAUGUUACUCAUUCAUAAUUAAUAUGGCUUCUCACAUGAAAAACCUGUCUACACGAUACUGUGUCUGGCUAUAUAGCAUCUCAAGUCUGUUUUUCUCAAGGGAAGGCUGAAGCAUUGUCUAAACAAGUGCCCUCCUCUGCUCUUAAAAUGGAAAAAUAUCUCUGCUGUAUCAAAGGGAUAAAAAAGCACCAUGUCUGAGAGAGGCUGCUGGGUUUAUCCUACCAUUGGCUGGGUUUAAAAAAGAUGUUCCAGUAUUUGUUGAGAUGCAGAAAAAAAACGUAUAUACUUGAGAAUUAUUUCUUUUUCUCUCUCCAUCCAAAAAAAAAACCCUAUCAAACAGUGAAAAUGAUUUCCUAGGAAAAUACUAUUCAUAUGCAUUUACCAAAGCUCUUGCUGAGCCCAGGAAAAUUAUAGGUUGAGCCAGUAUUUUAAGGUACUCCAGCCUUCUCUACUGAACUACUUGGUAAUAGAACCUUUAGAUCUAAACAGAGUCAGCCACCUACUAAGCAACUGUAAUUUGUAACAAUGUUGUAACAUUCUUUUUAAUAAUUUUUUCAACCUGAAAAAGCUUAUUUUCCUUUGUGUAGUAUCUACACAAAAUAUAAGCCUUAUCAAAUUAAGUGUAUGCAUAAGAUUAAUAUGAGAUAUUGUGAGGUUUUAACCGUAGUUUUCUAUCCUGGUCAAAUUUUUAAUUUUUUGCUGAAUUUUUUAUAAAGAGGGAAAUUCAUUAGGAAUACUUUAUAAAAGUAUAGAAAGAUAAAGUUCUAUCAUUACUGUAAAGGAUCGUUCUCACUUGAAUUGUAUUAAAAGUAAGAACCAUAAACUAUUUUGUAUUUCUGAUUCAUGUAUAGAAAGUUUUACAUUUUGUUAAGACUGCUUUCCUAAGAUUUUAAUUACUUUUAAAGGAUUUUUAUAUUUAGUCAGUAUUCCAAAGUAUAAUACAUUGAGAUCUACUGUUUAAUAAACCACAAAGCCAGGUAAUAAGCUGAAAACUGUUUUACAUCAGACUUAAAUAUAUUUAUUCUUUAUUGAUCCUAAGGAAGGAAGGAACAUUCAUAAGUGUGGAACUAGAAUGGUAUGCUUUUUAUAAAAGGUAUAUUUUUCGUUUGGGGGAAAAAUGGUGUUUUACCUUUUGAAAUAUUUGGCUUGUUAUCACAGAGUGUGGCAUAAAAGUAUACUCAGUAUACAGUAGUUUCAAUUAUAUGUAACUGGUUUUUUAUGUUUCUUUUCCAGUCAGUUGAUCUUAAUUAACUCACCUUUCUCUCAGCGGCAUCAGUACAUUCAAGGCAGGGGAGGUGUCUAGCCUGGGAUCUUCUAAGACAAAGAGCCCCUCCAGGCCUUCAGCCUUUUUUAAAAACAAAAACAAAAAAACAAAACUGGCCAAUGAUUGCUGCCAGAUUGGUGCAUGCUGAUAGAGGUAGCUAGGAAUUUGCCAAGGUGCCACAAUGGGAAGAUAUGGAACAACAGACAAAAGCAGGCUGUGAGCAAACAUAGCAGACUGCCUCCAUGCAUACUAACUCUGGAGACCACUAGAUGGCUGCACAGAGAUACAGAAACCCCUAACUUAUCAGUGCCCUUUAGUGGUUGUCUGAUUUUUGCAGCCCAGUUCUGGUAGUACAGUACAGUUCUACUCCUAACAGAGUGGUCCAAUUCACCAAUGUGUAUACAACCCAGGCACCAGAAUAGGUCUCCUCCUUCAAAUGUAGCCACUAGCUCUUUAGUUGAUGACUAAUGUCUAAUGUUUGGAUGGAGGCCCUAGCCUCCAAGAGGUUUGCCUACUAUCCAUAGAGCUCAAGUUAUGUCCUUGCUUUCUUCACUUAUCUGCCCCACAGGCAUAUUCUCAGGUCUGACGUUAAAAGGUUGGUGCUGAAAUUCUGCUUAAUUGUGCAUUAAUGAUUUACAUUCAUUAAGUUUUAUAUUAAUUAGAACUUUUGUAUUAAUUACAGGUUGAUUAGAAUAUAUGACUAAUGUUCCAGAUUAAAAAUUGGGUUUGGAUCUAUCCCUGUAAACAGACUUAA